UACAUAUUAUUCGGCCGAAUAUAAGGUCUAGGUCAAUCUCUUGCCUGUGCGUGGUGGAAAAUGGAAGAUAAACUUAUUUACACCGGGGAAUCUACAAUGCAGUCUGUAUUUGGAAGAAAGGUCCCAGUGCUCAUUGCAUCAAUCUGUUUUAUAGUUGGUAUCGUCACAGGGGUGCUUAUUGGAUAUUUUUCUGCAAAAAACGCCGACAGCGCAGCGGCAAGCGAAGAGAGUACAGCGUACAAGGUGUUCCUGAAAUUAGCUGAAGGUGGAGACUUAUCUGUUCAGCAGAAACUUCUUGAGGGAAUCAAAGCAGAAAACAUUCGUGAGAAUUUACGGGAAAUGACAAGGUACCCUCACGUAGCCGGCACUGCAGAGGAUUUUACAACAGCCGAGGAUCUUCGUAAAAAAUGGCUGGAACAAGGUUUAGAUGACGCUGUCUUGGUGCCGUAUGAUGUUCUCCUUUCCUAUCCUGGAAAUAAAACAAGCAACAACACGGCAAACAAGGCUCAGAUUCUAGACAGUAACGGCAAUGUCAUUUGGCAGACUCCCCUCGAGGAGGCCGCCCUAGAUAAGGCGUCUAGCACCAAGGAUCCCCGAGCACCCCCGCCAUUUAACGCCUACUCAAAGAAUGGUACCGUAGAGAAUAGCAGACUCGUGUACGUAAACUACGGACGAAUUGAAGACUUCUUUUUCAUAACGCGCAACAAAAGCAUUGACUUGAACGGUGCUAUUGUCAUAGCCAGAUACGGGAAAAUUUUCAGGGGAGAUAAGGUUCGUCAUGCCACUAUGUUCAAUGCGUCUGCUAUUAUCCUAUACUCGGACCCCAAGGAUUACGCUGUUGACCCCAAUGGAGCCGUUUUCCCCAAUUCCUGGUGGUUACCCGGCACAGGAGUACAAAGGGGGUCAACUUUCAUUGGUAAUGGCGACCCCCUGACCCCUGGGUAUCCAGCUGUUGAUUACUCUUAUCGCGAGCCCAUAGAAGAGCUGGAGAAGAAAAUGGAGAUGCCGCAGAUACCAGCGCACCCUAUCGGCUACGAUUAUGCCAAGGAGCUACUCAACACAAUGAGUGGAGAGGAAGUACCUGCUUCGUGGAGAGGGGCAAUAUCAAAUGUCACAUACAAAUUUGGGGGUUAUUUAAUGGACAAUAAAACGCUGAGAGUAGUGAAUCAUAACACGAGAGAGAUCAGAACAACCUACAAUGCCAUUGGGAUAAUACGAGGGGCAGUGGAACCAGACCGCUAUGUGAUCGUUGGGAACCACCGUGAUGCCUGGGCGUACGGUGCCGUGGACCCCACCAGUGGGACCGCCGUCCUUCUGGAGCUGACAAGGGCCCUGGGGAGCCUGGUCAAGGAAGGUUGGAGGCCACGUAGAACCAUAAUGUUUGGUAGCUGGGGUGCGGAAGAAUACGCAGUGAUUGGGUCCACUGAGUGGGUUGAGCAGUACAUUAAAGCUCUCGGGGAGAGGGCAGUGGCAUACAUCAACGUUGAUAUCGCCGUGGAGUACCAUUACAAACUUAGUGUUGGGGCAUCGCCGCUUCUAUAUGAGGCGGUGUAUGCUGCCACGAAAGUGGUCCCUGACCCAGAAAGUACGAUGUUCAGCAAUGUUUAUGAUUCCUGGCAGAAGAGGACCAACCCGAGUCAGAAACCGAAGAUCCGGGAUCUUGGAUCGGGCAGCGACUUUGCCCCCUUCUUUCUAAGAGCCGGGAUUCCUUCAAUUGAUCUGUGCUACUUUUAUGAUGAUGAAGAAUGGAACAUAUCCAGUUACCCUCUGUAUCACUCUGUUUACGAAACUUUCCUCUUGGUAACAAACUACACUGAUCCCACAUUUAAAUGGCACCAGUCGCUUUGCCGUAUCUGUGGGGAGAUCGCCAGGUAUUUGGCGGACACCGCCAUAUUGCCAAUGGACGUCAGAGGAUAUGCAACGAAACUUGAAACCAUGCUCAAGAAUUUCAAAGACACAAACAAUGAGACCUGGCUGAACAGUAAUGGUGUUUCUUUAGGAAAUCUUACCAAAGCAGUGAACGAAUUCCGUCGUGUUGCAGACGCUUUUCACGAAGAAGUACAAAACAUUAACAAGAAAGACCCCUUUGCCGUGAGACGUGUUAAUGACCAGAUGAUGCUUUUGGAGCGGGGAUUCACUGAUCCCGCUGGGCUGCCCGGUCGGCCUCUCAUGAAGCACGUUAUAUUCGCGCCGAGCAGUAAGAACACCUACGCCAGCUCGGGAUUCCCUGGGCUCACCGACGCACUGUUUGACAUAGAGAGCAAAGCACCAGACGAACGGAUGAAACAGUGGCAGCUCGUUAAGAGGCAAAUGGCUGUGGCGAUUUUUACCAUUAACUCUGCUGCCAGCACUCUACGAAAUGUCACGGGACUCCAUGGAAGUAUGAGCAAUUAACUUAAAUCUCCCAAUGAGAACACGUGUGUGUGUGCAUGGUUACCGAUGUCGAUAACACAUGUACGUUGGUAUUGAUAAUAUCCAAUAAGAUGUCUAUUUUAAAAUCGAAUUUUUGAAGUGAAAUAAAAAUAUUUUUUCAUAGAUGUAGAGAAAGGAAUACGACGUUCUUUACAUUAACGUUCUUUAUUAUACUUGAAUAGUGUGGGCCAAACUCUCUAUAUCCUAUUAGGUUGUAGUGUCACAUUUAAUUAUAUAUAGCCGAAAAAUACAUUCCAGAUCGACUCGAAGACAACAGGUCACAAAGAUCUAUUAAUAUUUUUUUAUAUAAGGGUCAUGCCGCUUUUAUUAUAUCAAUGAAAAGUAAUUUCUGCGAGACAGUUCAACAUUGCAAACACGUUAUAACAAGAAAAUGGCGUGCCGUGGACCAUAUAUUUAAUGUUUUUCGUACGGCCAUCUCUUCGAAAAAUCUAUAUAAUAUGCAACAGAGAAUUAUUUUGAAUAGUGAUGUAUUCUGCUGUUCAAAGACAGUAAAAUGUAUAUUGAGUCAUGCUUAUCAAUUGCUGUAAUUGUGUCCUUGGGGGCAUAUUUCCGCUCUGCUUGUACUGUUGUAGCGAUCAACAAUACGGAGAAAAAUGCACACCGGUAAAGGCCUAUUUGUACCAUAUUUAUUAUUCUG